CGUGCCACGACUCUUGGUUGUGGUAGCACAAUCCACUGCGUUUAUGCCUAGCCGCACAACUGCAGCCUGGCGAGUAUUUGCUUGGAGACUCAGGAUAUCCCCUCGAGCCAUGGCUGCUGUACCUGGCAGUCAUGCCGGCACCACCUCCGAAGGCCACUACAACCGGGAGCACGCAUCCAUGCGCGGUGUCAUGGAGAGAUGUAUCGGGGUGUUGAAAAGCAAGUUCCACUGCUUGCAGCACUUUCGGACACUGCUAUACAGCCCCGAUAGAGCAGCGAGAAUCAUUUAUGCAUGCGUUGCUCUCCAAAACAUUGCCUUGGACGCGGGCGACUGGACAUUGGAUGAAUAUGGUGGGGAAGUGCCACCAGCUGAAGAGCCAAAGAAGCCUGGAGACAGCCAGGUAUUGGCACCGCAUGACCUGUUCCUCAGAGCAAGGCAGCAGCGUAGCGCCGUUGUCAACCUUUUCUGAAGAACACAGGAAUGGUGAUUUUUCAUAAUACAUAAUUUAUUUAUACAAAUUGCAGUGCCCCUAGGCUAUCACAGGGCUGUGUUUGUACAGUGGAAAAUACAUUAAAGAAUUUGUAUACACAUUAAGUGCACCUCCAUACGGAUGGUUAA